GUGGCGGAAUUUGUGAGUAUUGCGUUAUGUCGCAUCUCUCAGCUUAUCCGCAUACUGCUGUUAUGUAUCCUCAUUAUAUACUUCAAACUGAUACUUAAGAGUUUCAUUUAUAUGUUUAGUUGUGAAAAACAUGCUUCUUAAGUUGUCGUUACAUGUUGGUUUUCGUCUCUUUAGAUUUUCGGUUUAAGUUUAUCGAAUCCUAAUUUCUUAAUACUCGUGAGAAUUUUAUUAGUUUUGGGUAAUCCAUCCGAAUUCCUUUUAAAAAACGCGGAAAAACCCGCGAUUUUUUGUGGCUUAGAGUUUUUCUUCUAGAUUUCAAAUUAUUUUGGAGAAAUCAGCACGUGUUUUGGGGAGGAUUUCAGAUUUUUCCCAUAGUUCCUCAAAAUUUAUGUUCCUUGAUGAAACUUUAAAAAGAAAGAAAGAGACAUGCAGACUUCAGAAGAUUAGAAUUCGGCAGAACAUAAAGGGUAGAUGCACCUGCGACAUUGCAAACGAUUUUGUGCCAUGUCAUUCAAGGUCUAUAACCAUCGGUUGCUAUCAUCUCGCGGAUCCCAACCAGGUAGUCUACACCUACCAACAUGACUCAGUCUGCGUGUCAGUGACCUCAUAGAUUUGUACAAUUUUGGGUCAGGCUGCACCUAGCUUUCUACCAACUUACUCCUACACCAUAAAACAUUUCAUGUCGGGGCAGUCGUUGGUUGGGGUUACGUAACACGUGCCCAACUGUUAAAGAUUCACUACUUCACCAAUCGAUUUGCCAUCUUUGCCUAGUACCCGUUUCCUAACAAUUGCAUUUCUUACUUGGUGGUCCCAGCGUAUACGAGCAAUACCUUGAAGACACCUAUGAUCGAAUACUAGUAACCAAAGAAUAUCCUCUACUCUUACUCUCCACGUUUCACUGCCAUAAAGUAGGACGGAAUCCGUCCUUUGGUUGGUAGAUAGAUAUCUCGCCUACGCCAUAUAUGACGAAAGCUAGAUUAGUCUUCUGUAUCCGUGCUGAGAUUUCUCCACGCACCAGACCACAAGGGCUGAUAGGACCUCCAAGAUAAGUGGAGCGGUCGACACACUCAACUGGAAAUUGAUAUGAUGAAAGUGUUAUUUCUCUUAGCACGCCAACGACAAAGUAAAACAAGAAUGGACAGCCCUGACGAACACCACUUGACGUAAUCAAUUCUGAUUUCAGUUCGUCAUAGGCUCUAACUUGACCAGUUGUGUUCGAGUAGAGUCUUUAUGAGGUUAAUGUACUUCCUUGGUACUCCUUUCAGUGACAAACACUGCCAUAGAACCUCACGAUCAAUGGAGUCAAAUGCCGCCUUAAGGUCAAGGAAUACUACGAUUGUGGGACGUCUGAAUGUGUGUCUACGUUCUAGGACCUGACGUAGAGUGAAUAUCGGGUCUAUGCAACCACGUCCAGGUCAAAAACCAGUCUGGUUUUCUCUAGUCUGCUCUUCACGAGCUUUGGUUAGGCGUCCAAGUAUUAUUGAAGUUAAUAUUUUAGACACUGUAUUAGUCAUACUGAUCCCUCUGUGAUUGUCACAGGAGGACUUUUGUUUUUUCUUAUAGACUGGCACAAUCAGUGAUUGGGACCAAUCAGAUGGAAUUACAUCCAGUUCCCAGAUUCUACCUAAGACCUCAGUCAAUCUCGCUGCUAGUACUGAACUGCCACCCUUAAAAAUCUCAGGGGUAAACCCGUCAGGGCCUGCUGCUCGCCCACGCUUCAGAUUUCCCAUAGCUUUUUCAACCUCUUAAAGAGUUGGUGGACUUGCAUUAAUUUGCCAUUCAUUUAUUAUUAUUUAAACACGAAUAUUGGUACAGGGGGCACCAGAUAUAUAUGAGCCACACAAAUCUCAUUCGAUUUGUGUGAGGGUUGUGAUACUACCCAGGUGCCCAAACUGAAGCAGGUGGUUUUCUUACGGUGACACACCCUUAGUCUUUGACCUAAAGAUUUGAUCCACAAGGCAGUGGAGCAUCGUAAUGAGAUGCAGUCCGAUGGUACUCGGUGACCAACGAUUGAUUCAUACGCCAUUUAUUCCCUCAGGAUAUUGGAGCCCAUGUGCACCACUGGUUUGGAAUCAGGGUUUUCCAACUCCCCUAGGUGGACCCUCCAUGUCCACCAACCCGGUUAAAGCGCUGGACAUUCGCUUUUCGUCCUCUCACUUUUGUACACAACACCCCCGCCACGAGAAGGCAGUGAGUAGGACUUCCCUGGCAGAGGCUAUAUACGCGUGGCCAUAUGAGAGUAUUUCGAGAGGGAGAGGUGACUCUCCCCACUCUCGGCCGUACCAGGGCAUUUGGGGGCAAGACGAAAUAUAUAUAUAUAUAACUCAAACUUUUUUGAUAUCUGGGUACUUUUAUUUAUCACACCUUUGUUAUUUUAUUUGAAUGUCAUCUUGUUGAUUCAGUGUCUUCUUUAUUGACGAACACUAAUAAUGUGGAACCUGGUGUAAAUGUGUAUUUUUUAAAGUUUUACUUCUUCAUAUGACAGUGGAAAAAGAAAAGUGAAAGUAUACGGAAGCGUUAAAACAAUUAUGUCAAAGCCUUUGGAAUACUUUCACCAAUCGAACAAGUACACGUAAUUGUCCAAAGGUGUAUUCAAAGGGCUCUUUAUUGUAAUGAUUGUUACCUAUACAUAAGUCGCAUUGAAAGACAGCUGUUGUAAUACGGAUAUUGUAUGCAAAGUGAUCACUGAAUCUUCAGAACAAAAUAUUACCAACUUUAUUUAACCAGUUUUAAUUCCUGAUUAUAUGUCAAUGGAUAUAACAAGUGCUUUCUUUUCGGCUUGUCGAAUUGGACUAGAACCUGGUGAACUAUUACACAGCAGUUGGUUUGACUUGCAGUAUUCCAUGUCAGCCAUUGAGGUAAUGGACCCUAAAAUGGAUGCUCGAAUCCAAGGAAACCGAAAAAUUGUGACUGUAUGUGAGGCGUUAUCUAGUGAGCAGUUACCUUUGGGGCCUUUUUCGUCACUUUACGAGCUUUUGGGCAUCAUAGAUGAACUUUUAGCUGCUUUUGUCAAUUGGCUGACGGGAGAUUCUCUCGCGCAAAGUAUAUUUAUUUGCAUGUAUAUGCACUGCACGCAGUUAAUUAGAGAUAAGUAUCUUGCUGCAUUUUGUGAGUUAUUAAGACGAUCAGUCUAUCUGUUGCGCGAUAUAAUAAGCACUGUCGGUGUUUUUGACGAGGAAGAUCAUGACAUACUCACACAUGGUAUGCCAAUUCAUGAACCGUCCCAUAUGUUUGAUGUUUACGACAGUUUUCGUAAUGAAUGUCUGCAUAAAUUGUCAGUGUUAGAAUUAACAGCUCAUGUAAAUGAUUUGAAUGGAAAUCUUGAAAGUGAAUCUACCAUGUUUGCUGAUCGUGAGGAAAAAUUACUUAUGGGAUUAAAAAGUCGCCUACAGUUUGUUCAAGCGUUAUUGCUGUUCACAAAUUCAAUCUCUGAGUGUAUACAUCCAACUCGAGUCGAUUUUAAUCAGGAUCUAUUUGAAGGAUAUACACAUGCAGAUCUUGAUUUUUCGGGACAAAAUUCAUCAUCUAAACUGUAUGAAGAUCAAAAUAACACAGAAGUUGUAUGGGACUCGUUCAUAGAUUUUUGUAAGAAAGUAUCACAGCAUAUAAGUACUCUGAAAUCACUGAGUGAUAUACUAGUAGAAACUUCAAACAUUGGCAAAAUGGCUGGUGAAGGAAAGCUUAAACCAAAGGACGCUGCAUAUGGUCUUCCAGGUUUCGAAGUUUUUUUGAAUCAAGCCAGCAUACCUCCAUUUUUGCCCAAAGUGGCAAACAUUCAUGAUCGUCACAAAUCAUUCGUUUAUUUUUCAAGUCUCUUUACAAGACUGAAUCAUAUUUUAUGUACAUACGAAAAUUUUGCCUUAUGGCAUGAUUUACAUCCUGAACCACUACGCAUUCAUAGUUUAUGGACAUUUAUUCAGAAAUCUGGUCAAAUAUCCUGUCCUUAUGUCAAAGCUCUUUUGUUUCCUGACGACCCUAGCAAAGUAAAUGAACCCCUGUUAACUACUUGUGUUUUAUCAAGGACAAUUACAUACACGUUUUAUUCCGCUCUUAUGUGGCAAGGGGAGGUUAUUGAUUUUAAGCCCCAGUCUUUCUCUCCAAUGUAUUUUCGCUACUUCCUAAAUUCAUGGCACCAAUUAGAACCUACUACUCAUCGCCCACUGAUUGAGAAUGUCAUUUCUAAUAUUCCUGAACUCAUGAGUUUUUUCACUACACUUUCAACUCAUUUUGCCCAUAUCCCUGCGAUUUACUGUCUUAACCGUUCACGUCAACGUUCCGCUCUUGGUCCAUGGUUGAAAAAUCUACCAGAUUUGCUUGACGAGUGUGCGCACGUCGAGUUUGUCAUUGGUGUUGAACUUAGAAAUAAAUUGGCAAAUAAAACAACUGACUGUUUCGAAUCUGUAGGAAAAUUGGAGGUUUUAUCGACGCAAAAGACUGUUGUACCGGUUCAAAUUAAUCUGUCUUGUUUUGUAACUUAUAUGUAUUAUUACUUAGCAUGGGAUUACAUUGUCUCUGGGUUUCAACUAGAGUUGUAUUCUUCAAGUGAAUGGUUGUUUAUUUACGCCUUUAUGAUACACUUAUUCCAAAAUUUAGCUUCUUUAAUCAAAAGUUUAUCGGGAAACAGCAUCGUUUCAGGAUCUGAAGGGCGAACUACAUUAGAAAAUGAAUCCGCUGAUAGUAAAGGUCUAAAUAAACAAGUUGAUAAAUGUGAUUCUGUGAAUGGUGUUGAGAGGCUUGACAAUCGUCAACGUAAAAAGAAAAAGAAACGUCGAGAAAAAUGCAAUGUAUCCAGUGUACAUAAUAAGAGCAUAGAAAUUUCGAAUAUCGAGAAUUUUAACAGCGUUGUUAAACCAAUUUCACCUAUGAUACAUGAAAUAGGUUCGACUUUUGAGGUUCACUUACUCAGUGUACAUCAAUACUUGAAUACUGCAACCCUGUAUGCUAUACGUGCACUCCAGAGAGAUAGUGGUAUCGAAAUAAAUGUGAAUCGUCAAAGUCCGGAUCCUGCUCCCGACGGGCAACUACGUACAUUUAUUAGUCGAAGUAAUUAUCUGGAAUCUUAUGCCAGAAGGCUUGGAAUUUUUCUUAUUCCUCAUAAUUCACCUCUAGUUGAAAUGGGAGGUGUUUCAGGGGCUUACGAAACAUGGAGAUCAUUAGUAAGUAGUAGCAUUAUUGAUGGUCGUUCAACAAGUGAUCUUUAUCUGAUGGCAGCAAGAGCGUUUGAUGAAGCCCAGAAUUUGAUUCAGAAAACCCAGUAUUUGAAGUCAAUAGGUGAAGAAAAGUUACUAAGGUUCAUUCAGUCUCAUAUUGCCCUACCCCUGUUCAUUGAAAAGUUAGGGCCUCCUGACCAACUCAUCGAUCUUCAACAGUUAGCAAGACGUAAUUCCAUUGCUUGCCGUGUUCUUGGUGUAUGUGAAGAUCGACGACCAAUUAUACAUACAUCCAAUCCGUCCACAAUAAAUCCUAAAAUGUCUUUUUUGUGUCCAUGUAGUCCAGUUAAAUUGGACUACAAUUUUUUAGAAAGCAAGUGUUAUCCGCUUAUUCGUCUAGCUAGUCAAUCUAAAAAGUGUUGAUAAUAUUUAUAUUUACCAUUGAAUACCUGUUUGGAUAUUAAGGAUUUGUUCAUAGACUGAACAUCAAAAUGAUGGUUCUAAUUAAUUUUUUCUUUUAGUUUAAUGUCUUUUAGCAGAUGCAUGUUUUUUGUAUACUGACUUUUUUGGAACUUAGAUCUUUUUCAUUCUUAUAAAUUAUUCAAAUAUCUUCCUUUCCCCCUGUAUAUCAGUGUCCUGGUAUUUGUUGUAAUGUAUGAAUCCUAGGCAAAGAACCAUGUACAUAAGUCGAAAAAUAAUGUACAUAUUUAUUGGAGAUAUCGUAUUUAUCUUUAAAUUCAUGAUAGUUUAGUGUAUUAAAUAUUUUGUUUUGGAUAACUAUACUGCCUACAAUUUUAAAUCAGGUAAAGACGUCAAAUAAUAGACAAAUUUCAUUCAAGAUACUAGUUCUGAAUGUAAGCUAAGAAUUACAACCCUUUUGUGGAUUUAAGUUAUCAAGAGGAAAUAUUAGCUCAUAUCGUCUUAAGUAACAACAAUUGUUGAAUGUCAUAUGCUAACCAAGUAUCCUUUUACUACCUUCUUUGUAUUAAUCAGCCUUGUAUUUUAGUAUGUGGUCAUUUUGAAUGUUCGAUUUAGUUUUUUUUAUUUAUAAGUAGCCAUCACAGUAUGCUGAUUAAAUGAUUUGGUUUUAGACACUUCAUUUACACGUUCGAUGACUUGGCAAUCAAAUUUAAGUGAUUAGUAUGAUACAUAAAUAUUCAAAAAAUCAUAUUAGUAUAUUAAUUUUAUGACGAGAUGGUCGCCCUGUUAACAUUUGUUGUUAAUAGUGUAUAGUCUUUAUGCUGUCAAUUAUCUUUCUGCACAUGUUGGCUCAUUGUCUCGCUAAAUGCUGUCAUUUGUGGGACGUAGAACGUAGUAUUCGCAAAAAGUUCGAAUUUAUUACAUCAAUAAGACGGGCUUAGUUGAAAAUCAAGUGCUUAGAAAGUGCUGAUUUGUCUGUAUAGUGACGGGUCACAUGUAUAACCUAGAAUGUCAUGAGGAUAUAUAACAUGCUGUUUUCAUCUUAUAUUGACAUUUUCCCCGGCGAUGACUCUUCCGGUUUCAGUGUGUGCGGAAUAAAACUGGUCAUAGCGAAUAACUCCUGAGGACGGUUUCAUUCUUUGAAUUUGAACAAAAGCGAAAGCUUGACUAAUGCAAAUACCUAAUUUUUUAUCAGUAUUGAAAUAUCUGCUUACAGUUCUUGAGUAGGUACGUUUUAAACCUGUCUUGUGAAGUCUAGCUCAGUUGUUUCGAAACUACACAUCCCUGAUGAUCAGAAGGUUGUCAAUUUAGAAUAGAUUUAUUAUCUAUAUGCACCACACAACCGGUUAAAGUGCCUGACAUUCGCUUUUCGUCCUCUCA